AACUUAGAAUCAUUAACUAAUAUAACCUGCACAUCUUUGGGAAAAUGGAAAGAAACCCUGGGAUAGUUAUGUAAACACAGCCAGAAUAAAUCCACAUGGAUAAACAUCUGGGCACUGCAUGCAAACCAAGGUUAUUGAAUCUUUGAGGCACCAGCACUACCCACUGCACCAACAUGUCAUUAAAAAUGGAAUACAACUUGUUGUGCAUGGCCAAUCCUUCUAAAACUUCAGUUCAAUAUUUGUUGUAACAGAGACUUACUGUUGGUGUUUUAGGCUAAAUAACAGCUAAAAUCUCAAUAAAAUCAACUCAAGCAUACAACAGUUUUACCAAAAUACAAAUUCCCAAUUUCAGAAGGCUACACAGUACUGCCACCAGCAGAGAACAACAUCAGUUACAAAAGGGUUGAGAUAUUUGUUUGGAUUCUUCUAAGCAAUGACAUUUUUCUUGCAAUGAUCCAUUUAUUCUUUUGGAAAUUUUGACUUUGCCAUAGCAGAGAUGCAUUAUUUGAGCUGCUCUAUUAACACAAAAUAUUAUGUUUCAUUAUUUUUUGAAAUGUUUAACAAAAAAGAGAAACAUGUUUAUUUCUUGUUCCUUAGAUUCCAAGUGUAAAUGUAGUUCAGUGCCUACAUGCAGCAGCACACAAGAGCUGGUUACUGUAAAUGUUCCUGGUCAAUGUUGUCCGAACCUUAAGUGUGUGAAAAAGAAGAAUGACUGCAAUGUGGUUAACAGCACAGUCACAGUUCAGAAGGGACAAUGUUCUGCUCAGGUCCAGAUUCCCAGUUGUUCCGGCUUCUGUUCAUCUUCUCAGAUUUUCACUCCAGAGGGCAAAUGGGAAAGUCAAUGCUCUUGCUGCAAGAAGGGCAAAGUCUCACCUAUGUCUUUCACUCUCAAUUGUAAAAAUGGCAAAACGAUAUCCUACACAAUCAAAGUACCCCAAACCUGCAAUUGCCAAAGCUGCAACUAAUGAAUAAGUAUGAAAUGAGCCUCAUUGGAUGGAUGCUCAGUCCAUCUCACAAAAAAUCUCAACUUUUAUAUUGUUGUACUAAAUUUUUAAUUUUACUUGAAUGUUAUCUAACAUCAUAGUACUUUCUCUAAUAAAGUUUUGCUGAGUUUUCUGAUACUCUAUUGCACAAGUUCAAGUCUAUCUUCUUUACUUAACAUUUCUGUGUUUUGUAAUAAAGUAGACUGUUGAGUCAUUAGUAUACCCCUGUGUUUACAAAUGUACUUCUAGGUAAUCUAUGCUUGUACAGCUUAAAAAAUACUAAAUCUACUGAUCUGUUUCAAGUUCAUCUUUCAAUAAAAUAUUUCUUUUGCAAAGUUGCUUUUAGGAUCUGUUGGUAAUUUAAAAACUGACACGUGAAUUUUCCAGACUUUGGGCCACAAGAGCAACCUCUUUAUAUUUUUAAUUAUUUAUUGUCAUCUUAUUGCCAUAACUUGAGCUUGAUAACAAGCCUGUGCACAUUCCUUAGCUGGUCACUCCACUCUUAAGUCUUUAUCGUGCCUUAAUGUUAUUUGUGUAGUUGAAACAUUAUACAGGUACCUUUGUAUUUCUCAGUAUUGUGCAAUUGUCUCUCGAUUUGUAAAUGUAAUUAUUUAAUUAAAAUAUAUUUGAGCAUGAAA